ACGGAGUGGAACUAUAAACGAUGGUCGGAAGUAGACGCGUGGCUUUUUUCACGACCAUGGCCUUGUUGUCGAUCGGUUGGGCGUACGCCGAGACGCCAGCCAUCAAAAAUUGCAUGGCCAACGAAACGUGUUCGGUACAGCCAACAGUGGUUGCAUCUGCGGCAAUGACGACGGUGGCGACACCAAAAAAUUCGCUCAAAACUACUGCUAUCGCAGGUGGCAGCCCACAAAUAGUUCAUUACGAUGUCUCCGGAAACGAUUCCAAAGGAUCGACUCUUAAAGACGUGUUCGUGCAGGUUGAUGACAAAACCGUCACGCCAAUUGGUGGUUGUGACAAGGCAAACGGUUCCGGAAAAGCUUCUUCUGGAAGCUCGAACGUUACUGUAAUCGUUAAACCUCCUGUUGGAAAAGUUAACACCACGAAAACUGAAACGACUUUGUUGGUAACAAAUUCCACAAAUACUACCAGCACCAGCAUCACCACCACGGAAUUUACUAGUAUCUCGCCGCCAAAAUACUUGUCUGAAAACAAUGCCGAAGUCGUUCGUUUUGUUCCCUAUAAAUACUGCCACUGUGAUCUAAUCUACGGAAGCUGUGACAUAAACUGUUGUUGCGACACAGAUUGCACUAAUCACGACUUGAAGACUUUCACAUUGUGUCCUGAUCAAGCCAAGUCUUCUUUAAUAAAGCAAGAAUCAAUCUUGUUUGAUUCUUCGUUGUUUUACGUGGUGAUCGAAAACGUACCAUCAGAAUAUUUUUAUCCAGAACGAAACACAAUCGAAUCUGAAACGCAAGUAGCAGCUUCUCUUCGAAAACGGGACAUUUUCUUUUGGCGUGAUGAAAAGACUACCAGCCGACAUCAUCCUCUCACUUCUACACUUCCAGUUGAUUCCUCCACAUACAACAACUACGACCUUACUUACAAGUCUUCGCGAUGGAUGUUUAACGUCGUUUCUGACGUAAAUUCUUCUGGAAUCAAAACAUUCAGUUUGAAAAACAGCGCUCUCGAUUCGCUGUGUGGCAUCGAACAACCUGUCGAAUAUUUGAAGACGAAGGAAACAAACUGCAAGACAUUCGUGCCUAAUCUGACGGACAUUUGCAACAACAACUCAUCAUUCAGCUACAAGUUCUAUUACGGCGAAAGAGGGCUGUUCAAAGUGGUGCAACCAAUUUACAAUAGUGUCCAAAAGACAGAGAAAAUCGGUUUGGUCACCAUCCAAGCGACGGCGCACCACCACUGCGUGUCGGUGAACGAAUCGUCGUACGAUUGUCAGGUUGGGAAAGUCGGCAUCGGUACCAGUGGCUCCGACAAUCGUUCACACUACGAUCCCAUAUACUUGGGCGGUGUUUGCCGUCGAGCAGUCGACGGGGUUGAGUACUUGGUGACGCACAAUGGUUCUAGGGGCGUCCGUCGCGUGGACGUGCACUUCUAUCACCAGGACGUACCAGACACCGGUCGUCCCAUAUACCUUGGUCAGAGGUUCCGCGUUCGGUUCGCCUGGGCCUCAGUCAGAUCACCGGUGGAGUCGUACGAGCGGAGUGGUAAGCCCGGUUACAUGACCGGCAGCCCGGUGCUGGUGACCUUGACCGGCAAAGACGUAGUGAAACUCCGUCAUCCGAAGACGAUGAACUUACCGGAACCGGACGGGUACGGUGCUUGCGUUCACUCCACCGGAUCUCGGCAGUCCGUCAACUUCCUGGAAAGUGUCGACGUCCAGUGUCGCGUCCUGGUCCGACGCCGAAAUAUGCAGUUUUCCAAGAGAGCUGAAGAUCAUUCCACACCCAGUGGUGGCGUCUCGUUCGCAGACAUUUGUAACGACAUUCAAAACGAAACGAUGGCAGUGCUCGGAGAUUACGAAGGCGCCCUGGUCGCCAGUCUCGGCGACCCGGACGUGACCAGGUGGAUACCGUUCGUGGUCGCCAAACCACCCGCACAGCAGUCACCGAUGUCUGAAGACUCAUGUCCGGCCGUGAUAGACGGCGUACACAUGCGGGUGUUAUACUCGCACGUGGGCCCGUUCGACGACCCGCGGGCCACUGUGCUGGGCGUGCUGACCAAUUACACAUCGUCGGCCGUCACCGUCAGCGGCGGCGAUCGAUCGGCGACGGUUGAAGUGCCGGUGAGGGUCACCGUGGUGUUCGUGGACCUGACCCGGCCGCCCGUCAGGACGUUUGCCGAACCGCCCACGUACGAGUUCAGGUUGCCCGAAGACUUUUACUAUCCGUUCUGGUCGUCCAGCGCCAGCCGAGUUUCGCGUUCCUUCCACAAAAUCCAUUUCGUCGUCGGUCUGCACCUGUUAUUGUCGUACCUAUACGGCUGCGGUUCGUUUAACGUACGUGUGUAGUGCACAAGCAAUGUAUAUUAUAGGAGGCACACGUGUACGCUUCCUUUGCGGAUAAGCAGUCCCGAACAGUAAUUAAUGAUGAGCGGCUACAUUUAUUAUAAUUUGCUGACUCGCCUCUUUUUUUUUUUUACUUCGCUGAUUAGUGUACCGGGUGUAACAAAAAGACCAGACAAAUGAAGAAUGACAAAUGUAUACAAGUUGAACUUAAAACAAUAAUUAUGAAAAUUAAAUAGAUAAUAAAUGAUUUAAUACCUGUGUC